CCUGAGUUCCUCACACGUUCAUCCCCCACUCCUCCGCUUUCGGUUUUCAGUCCACCGCCCUCUCCCGCAGUCCAGACGCGAGGGGCACAUCCGCUUGCAGAAGCUUCUCCAAGUGAGGCCGCCGAUGAUCGUCUGAUCGGCCGUCGCCAUGGGCUGCGCCGGAUCCACCCCUACAUCUGAUGAUAAUAGUAAGAAGCUAAAAAAGCCAAAGCCUUGGAAGCACACUCAGGCAAUAACACCAGCAGAACUCAAACAGAUGCGCGAGGAAUUCUGGGACACUACUCCUCACUACGGUGGACAGAAAGAGAUUUGGGAUGCACUUCGAGCCGCCGCAGACGCUGAAUUAUCUCUUGCACAGACCAUAGUGGACAGUGCUGGCAUCAUCGUCACAAAUUCUGACAUGACACUUUGCUACGAUGAAAGAGGUGCCAAAUACGAACUACCGAAGUAUGUUCUGAGUGAGCCAAGUAAUUUGAUCAAGGAAGAAUGAAGCAUGGACCAUGAAGGAUUUGUGUAAAUUAUGUAAAUCUCAUUUUUUCAGUCGCAUUAGUCUUACUUGCUCGAAACUUCAAUGGAGUUACCGCCCUUAGGCUCAGUUUGCGCUUGUUGAACCACGAUAUAUUUAUUUCAUAAUCUGCUUUACAAAA